AUGUUUAUAUACGAUAGCAAGAAGGCAGCUUUCUAUCAAAUGUCGAGAGAGGAACUGUUUCAAUACACCAAUGGACGCUUUCUUAGCGAUGAUAAAUUUCAAAUUUCAAAGCGUUAUGUUCAUUUCAACAUUGAAGAACUAUGUGACGUGAUUGCAAAUAUCUCGCCAGUCAAAUCGUCUGUUUCGAAGAUUGAAAAGAUGGAGGGUGGUUUUAGCAAGGCAUUGCUUAUCACAACAGAGGAUGCAUCGGAGUACAUUGUCAAGAUACCAUGUCCGAAUGCAGGGAGGCCUAUGUACUGUACGGCAUCGGAAGUCGCUGUGCUAAGGUUCAUACGAAAUCAUACAACGAUUCCCGUUCCCAAAGUUUUAGCUUGGAGCUCUGAUGCAUCCAAUCCAAUUGGCGCAGAAUAUAUCAUUAUGGAAAAGGUUCCCGGUGUACAGGUUUUCAAGAAAUGGGAUGACAUGGGCGAGUAUAAUCGGUUGUCUUUGAUCAAGCGUCUCACUCAAUGGGAACGUGAACUGUCUGAGGUUCCAUUUCCGGCAUAUGGCAGUUUAUACUAUAGGAGUGCUCUGAAAGAGACUGAGCGAAUACCACUGGAUUCAUCUAUCGACUCCAAAGGUGAAUUCUGUAUAGGUCCUUCUUGUGAACCUUCCUGGCUCCUUCAGUCUCUUCCGGAUUUCCAAUGUGGCCCGUUGAGAACAUUACGCGAAAUGGGCGAGUCUUUAAUCGACCGCUCAACGUUCAAAGUCAAUCAGCGUACUAAUACGCAGUGUCCAUCAUUUCUACGUGGUUCUACUGAGGUUCAUCUUUCACUACUUCACAUGGCAAAAAUAGCUCUGCCGGCAAUAGCAGAUAGCCCCAAGUUUUCGGACAAAGCUCAACCAAUUUUAUGGCACACCGAUCUCCUCAUGGGCAACAUAUUUGUCUCUGAGAAUGACCCAGGAACUGUGACUGGGAUAAUUGACUGGCAGAAUACUGUGGUCAAUCCCACAUUCUUGCAAGUUCGAUGGCCCAUCUUCCUAACCUCUCCUGAAGAGUAUCAGGAAGGCCAAGUAAUGCCAGGACUUCCUGCUGAUUUUGAGGAACUGGAUGAGGGAGAUAAGGAGAUGGCACUGUAUAACAAAGCGCAAGCAACGUGGACGAAAGCUUAUGAAGUCGCGAGUUUCUUGAACAAUAGAAAGGCUUGGCAAGGGAUGCAAAUUACUCCAGAAUUGAAGGAGAUAUUCCGCCGUUGUGGGGAGACUUGGGAUGAGGGUUUAAUACCUCUCCGAGAAGUCCUAAUUGAGAUAUUUCUCAACCAAGAAGAUUUAGGACUUGCAUCGGAAAGUUCUCGCUUAUCUUUUACUGAAGAACAAAUCGCGCAGCACAAACAGGAAUUCGCUAUCUACGAAGAAUGGCACGAUAUGCGCAAAUUCGCAAAAGAGAUGCUGGAUACCGACGAUGAAGGCUGGGUUUCUCCUGAGCGUGAAUUGGAUAAACUCAAGUCUCGGAAUAAGAUGUUGUUCGAGUACUAUGUUACCAAAACCCAGAAAUCCUUCGACGAAGUAAAGAGUAUGUGGCCAUUUCCCCUAGAUACAUAA